AUACAAGCAUGUGCUCACCCGUCAAAUGAUCGACGGCUAGGAAGGAGUCGCCGGAGGCCCAACUCCCUGUCACUUUUGUCGUCACGUCAGGCUGGAGGAACAUUCCACUUACCACACAAUAACAUGAGACGUCAGCCUUCCCGGCCAAAUUACUAGAAGACCAAAAUCUUUUAAAAAGGCCACAUUAAUCCCUCGGUUGGAGUCAAUCCAUCCAGAAGACAUUCUACCACAAAACGAAUAAUACCUUCGACCUCCCACCUGAAUUCACUUAAACUCCGAAUAAUCGACCGAAAUCACCAUGACAGCACCGAUUCUUGAGAGAGACACCAUAGAGGCACCGGCAAAUCCGGCCCACGCCGUCCGACUCCUCUGCCGACAGAACAGAUACACAGCACCAACAGCGGGCCUCGCAGGAGGCUACAUCCAAGCGAACCUACUGGUCCUGCCACAAGCUCACGCCGCCGAUUUCCGCUCCCUAUGUCUGCGCAACCCGGUUCCAUGCCCGCUUCUCGCAACUGGCACAGCGACGUUCCUCUCCUCGCCGCUGCUCACCACGCCCUUCGACCUCCGCACCGACAUCCCGCGCUACAACAUCUACUCGGCAGGGAAACUGAUCCACGCCGGCGAGCUCUCCCUCGCCGACGUCUGGGACGAAACCAGCCACGUAGCCUUCCUAAUCGGCUGUUCGUUCUCCUUCGACGGCGCCCUGGCAGACGCAGGACUCGUCCCGCGCCAUGUCGAGCGACGCUGCAACGUGAGCAUGUACACGACGACACGGCGGCUGAACCCCGCGGGGGUGUUCACGGACGCCACGUACGUGGUUUCGAUGCGGCCGUAUAGACCCCAGGACGUGGGGACGGUGCGGAAUAUCACCCGUCGGUACUCGGAGAUGCACGGAGAGCCGAUUGCGUGGGGGUGGGAGGCGCUGCAGGAGCUGGGUAUCAGGGACCUGUCAGAUCCGGACUUUGGGGAUCCCGUCGAGCUCCGCGAGGGCGAGAUACCCGUCUUCUGGGGGUGUGGCGUCACCCCGCAGAAUGCUAUCAUGAGCGCGGGGGACAAGGUCAAGGGCAUUGUUAUGGCACACAGCCCGGGCCACAUGCUGGUCUGUGAUGUGAGGGAGGAAGAGUAUUUCAAGACGGCGUACGAAUCGAUGCUAUGAUGGGGGUUCUCGGCACCGACGGCAAUGUACAUAUUACGCUUAAUUAACUGUACCAUACCAUAGCAAUUACAUAUGAAGAAUUGAUCACCUGAGGAAGAUGCGGUAUCACACG